CCUGGCCACUGAACGAGUUCGACCACCAUGAAGCCGGCCUCUUCUGGCUACGAGCGCCUAAACCAGGUCGAUGAGAUGGAGGAUGCCGAAGAUGAUCUCGGCUACUCCAAUCGUUUCGCCGGCAACAAGACGUCAGCUGCGGACGGUUCGACUGUGUCCGUGCUCACUCACCCCACUGCCGCACCUGACCUGCCCAGCGCAAUUCAACUACGCACUCGCGACAGGAGCAAUACCGGAGGCAUAGACAUCAAGGCUAUCAAUGCGCGUCUCGAGAGAUGGGCAGACGAAAUUGCCUCCAAGUUCAAGGUUAAAAGGAAGGGGAAGGACACCGACGCGGAUAAAGAGCUGUACUACAGUGUAUUCAUCCCUCCGGAGGGAUUGAAGCCACUCGUUGAGGAGUUUGUCACACUUGAUCACAACCAACCAAUGUCGAAGGAACAAUUCGAAGUCAUCCUAGAAUCCGUUCGACACGCGAUUGCCCGGGGCAUACACCCACGAAUGAUCAGUCAAGGCUCAUCGGGUUCAUACUUCGUAAGGGACGUCAACAACAAAACCGUGGGGAUCUUCAAGCCCAAGAAUGAGGAGCCGUACGGGAAAAUGAACCCAAAGUGGACGAAAUGGUUACAUCGCACGCUGUUUCCAUGCUUCUUCGGCAGAAGUUGUUUGAUUCCGAAUUUGUCAUACAUCUCGGAGGCUGCAGCUUCAGUACUGGAUCGCCAAUUGAAGACGUACAUGGUUCCUCACACUGAGGUGGUUUGGCUUUCCAGUAAAUCGUUUCACUACAAAUGGCUCGACAGGCGUGCAUACUACCGGAAAGCAAAGCCAUUCCCCCAAAAAGUGGGCAGUUUCCAGGUCUUCCUGGAAGGAUUCAAAGAUGCAAACAUCUUUCUGCGGGAACAUCCUUGGCCGGACAGGGUAAAUGCUCCGCUACAGACGGAGACGAGGAAGAAAAGGUCUUUCCUGUCGUCUUGCAGGCCGUCAGGACAGGAAACCAUAUUGGAAGAACAGGAGGAAGAUCAGGAGAGUAGAAGGAGCUCGUUUAGUCCCGGUGGCGAUGUCGACCCUGGACGCUUCGAAUGGACAGAAGCCUUGCAGCAAAACUUCAGAGAAGAGUUGGAAAAGCUGGUGAUUUUGGACUACAUGAUGAGAAACACUGACCGUGGCUUGGAUAAUUGGAUGAUCAAGGUAUGCUACCAUAACCAUGAACCAAAGGUUGUUCCCUCGCGGCCAGAAGCUGCGCAGGCCCUUUCCACCGUUGAAUCAGUGCCGUCAUCAUUACUCGACAUGGAAGGCGAGGGUGAUUACCACAUGACCAGUCUAACCUCGUCAGCCAAUGGCGGACUGAACUCGGCAUCCGCAGGCGGUUCACGGUCGUCCUCAUCACAAGUUGCGGUACCACACAUCCAUGUUGGCGCCAUCGACAACUCUCUUGCAUUCCCAUGGAAGCAUCCAGAUGAAUGGCGCUCGUAUCCCUUUGGCUGGCUCUUCCUUCCAGUCUCUCUUAUCGGGAAGCCCUUCUCACAGAAGACUCGUGACCAUUUCCUCCCGCUUCUUACUAGUCCUGAGUGGUGGAAAGACACGACGAAGCAAUUACGCGCUCUGUUUAGCCAGGAUACAGACUUUCAGGAACGUAUGUUUGCUAAACAAAUGGCCGUACUGAAGGGUCAAGCUUGGAACGUGGUGGAGACCUUGAAACAAGCAGACCAGGGGCCUCUCGACUUGACGCGUAGGGUGCGAGUGCUGGUCUUCGACGACCAGCUCGAGGUACCGGUUGUUAGGUCUACGACAGCCCCGAUUUAUAUCAGGCCAGAUGAGCAAGAGGAGAUGGACAUUUCUGCUGCUGCUGCAAGCGCACCUCCGCCAACUUUGCACACAGCACUGUUGCGGCCUGAACAAAGUCGCACGACGAGCUGUGGCGAACCUUCGCGUGAGUCUCGGUUGGACGAUGAUGCUGGUCGACUAUCAGACGACAUAUCGCUGAGUGGCCCAAAUAAAGGAGUAGAAGAGCAGAAACACACAGCCCCGCCUAUGCUUUCUCGUGGGUCGUUGAGUUACCAUGGCACACCUCGAGCUGUCAAGGCUGGCACUCCAGGACGUAAGAGGGGCCAAUCGCUUACGAGCCGAAAUAUCUUCUUCGAGGAGGAUGAAGGAGAUUUGGGUUUUGCGGCGGCGCACAAUGAGCAAGCCAAUAAAACUGUCAUCGUCGAGCGGCUUGAGACGGUGAAGUCUAAGCCACCCGUGUUUACCUGGUGUUGAUCUGAGCAGUCAUCUUUGGCAAGGUUUCUUGGAGGUAUAUGGAUACGGUACGGAUUCACUCUUUCUGGAAUACGGCGUUUUUUGGGCUUAAUUACCGAGGUACUUCAUGUUGUAGUACAUGCUCGUGUUCACACAG